CCUUACGUAUCAUUUUUUUUUUGUGAGUUUUUUACCUGAAUUAUCCGGUGUUUGCGUUUCCUACUUAAAUUAUCACCAACUAUUCAGGUAGCAAACUCACAAAAAAGUGAUACUUGAGGUGUGUUUUUAUCAUUAUCUCUUUUUUCUUCUUAGAUAUAAAUCUGUUUACCCAGCUGCUUAAAAAACAUAUCCAUUAUCAAAGUCAUAAUAGAUUAUAGCUGUUAUUUUUUAAUGUAUAAUAUAGUGUGUAAUAAAUAUAUGAUCAACAUAUAAUAUAAAAAUUAUAUAAACAUAACACUGAUUAUUAGAUGAUUAUAUUGACUAAAAUUGUUAUAUAAAAAUUGUGACUUUGUUGGACUGCUAGUAACAUAAAAUUUGCUUUUUUCCUCGUCGAAUUUUGAAAUCCGAAAUACGAGUAUUUAAAAAAAAACACGUCUCAAAAUGUUUUGCCUAAACAAAAAGGAAAAGAAAAUGAACGUAACCCUCCUCUGUCCUCAUUUUCUAUUUUCUCUAUUUUUACCUUCGGAUUUAGAUUUUCCAGGUGGAAAAAUACCAUUAACAUCACAGAUGAAGUUUAUUUCAGAAGCAUCCGAUAAGAGAUUACCAUGUUAUCGAGUUCUAAAUGACGAUGGCUCUCUAAUUUCUAAUAGCAUACACGAGCAGAUAGGGCAAGAAGUGGCAGUGAACAUGUACAGUGCAAUGGUUACUCUCAAGACUAUGGACACUUUCCUUUAUGAAGCACAGAGGCAAGGGAGGAUUUCCUUCUAUAUGACCUCUUUUGGUGAAGAAGCUAUCAACAUUGCAUCUGCUGCUGCUCUAUCACCACAUGACAUUGUUUUACCUCAAUAUCGAGAAGCAGGGGUCUUACUAUGGCGUGGCUUCACUGUGCAAGAAUGCACAAACCAAUGUUUUGGGAAUAAGGAUGAUAAAGGGAAAGGCAGGCAAAUGCCAGUUCAUUAUGGUUCCAAGAAACACAAUGUUAUUACCAUAUCUUCACCUUUGGCCACUCAAAUAUCUCAGGCUGCUGGUGUGGCUUAUUCUCUGAAAAUGGAUAAAAGAGGUACUUGUGCUGUUGCUUACACAGGGGAUGGUGGAACUAGUGAGGGAGAUUUUCAUGCAGGAUUGAACUUUGCAGCUGUUAUGGAAGCUCCUGUUAUCUUCAUAUGCCGGAAUAAUGGAUGGGCCAUAAGCACCCCUGUACACGAACAGUUUCGAAGUGACGGCGUUGUGGCAAAGGGGCUAGGUUAUGGAAUAAGAAGUAUCCGUGUAGACGGAAAUGAUGUUAUUGCUGUUUAUAGUGCUAUUUGUGCAGCUCGUAAUAUAGCAAUUAGUGAGGAAAGACCCAUACUAGUCGAGGCAAUGACUUAUCGAGUAGGGCACCAUUCGACAUCUGAUGAUUCCACAAAGUAUCGUCCAACGAAUGAAAUAGAAUACUGGAAAACAGCAAGAAGCCCCGUUGCAAGAUUUAGAAAAUAUAUUCAGAGAAAUGGUUGGUGGAGUGAUGACAAGGAAUCUGAACUCUGCAGUUAUGUCAAGAAACAGGUAUUACAGGCAAUUAAAACUGCAGAAGAAAUGGAGAAACCUUCAUUGACAGAAUUGUUUACAGAUGUGUAUGAACAGAUGCCACCUAAUCUCCAAGAGCAAGAGAUGUCUACUAGAGAUACUAUCAAGAAACAUCCUAAAGACUACCCUAUUGAUGCCCAUGUAUAGCUUAUUAUUUUUUUCAGUAUGCAAAUUCAUGGCAAAUCGUGUAGCAAUGUUUUUUGAGAAAUUGAACUUAAUUAAUACUAUACUUAUUACUGAAA